UCGAUGCUCGGGAGCCCGCCGACUACCGGCAGCCCCUCCCCGGCAGGAAACGAGGGUGCGGCGCAGCCAGAGAAGGCGCCCGAACUGCGCCGGAGUUCCCUUUUAGGCUCUAAUCCUUCCUUCUUCUAGCCCGGGGAGAAGGCGGGGUCGGUUCCCCAGAAUGCCCGCCCCCAGGGAGUGAGGGGGCGGCAGGCACGUACCCUCUAUUUGCAUAGCGCCCGGGACGUGGCGCGCACCGACGCCGCUUCCGCGUCGGGGGGAACUCCAAGUCCCGGAAUGCCUCUCGGAUGUCUCAUAUGGAGCUGGCGUUGGACCCGGGUGACCAUGACCUGCUGGGCUUUUUGCUAGAGGAAAGCGGAGGUUUGGUGGCGGCGCCCGAUGAGGGCUUGGAGGCUCCGCUGGGUUGGGAGCUGCCACUUUUUGAGGCUCUGAGCAAUUGGGACGUAGAGGAUUUCCUGAGCUGCCUGCCGAGUCCCCCAGCAUCGUUGACCGUUUUCAGCAAUUCUAACCCCUGUCUUGUCCACCAUGAUCACACCUAUUCUCUCUCACGGGAGCAUGUCUCCAUAGAUCUAGAUACUGAGAGAUAUGGAGAAGAGGGGGCUCAGAUGACUCCAUUGCAUGUGGAGGAGCCGGCAGAGCAGGAACCCCAGGAGACUGCUAGGCUAAUACUGACUGAGGAGGAGAAGAGGCUCUUGGAGAAGGAGGGGCUUACCCUGCCUGGGACGCUUCCUCUUACUAAGAUGGAGGAACAAGUUCUGAAACGAGUGCGGAGGAAGAUUCGAAACAAAAAGUCUGCUCAAGAGAGCCGCAGAAAGAAGAAGGUGUAUGUGGGGCGUUUAGAGAGCAGGGUUCUGAAAUACACAGCCCAGAAUCUGGAGCUACAGAACAAAGUACAGCUCCUGGAGGAGGAGAAUCUGUCCCUUUUGGAUCAGUUGAGGAGACUCCAGGCCAUGAUGAUUCAGACAGCAAACAAAGCCAGCAGCGGCAGCACCUGUGUCUUGGUCCUGCUGUUCUCUUUCUGUCUCCUUUUCGUACCUGUGAUGUACUCGUCGGACACAAGGGGGAGUCUGCCAGCUGAGCGUGGAGUGUUGUCCCGCCAGCUUCGUGCCCUCCCCAGCGAGGACCCUCCCCAGCUGGAGCUGCCUGCCCUGCAGUCAGAGGUACCAAAAGACAGCUUGGACCAUGAGCUCCAGGCUCCUAGCAAUUCUUGCUGCCUCUUCUAUCACAUGCCUCAAGCUCCUAGCACAGAGCCUCCCCUGAAGUUAACACUGCCUGACAGUUUCUCAGCGUCCUCCUGCCCAGGUCCCAUCUCUCCCCUGCAUGCAAAUCUCACAAGUGAGGGAGGAUGGCUCUCUACCCACAGCUCCACGUCUGUUAUCUUGCCGGGCAGAUAUUCAGGCUAGGUGUGAGGAUGUGGGGGCCUCAGUCAUGGUCUGCAGCCCCCAGUCUGUGUUCAGAGGAAAAGGGACGGGAGGGGGCUCGCCUCAGGUCCUGGUGCCCUGUCAGGAAGCCUGAGGACUCAAACACACCACACUUACUG